AUGGUCUUUAACAAUGCUCGGCUCCGCCCUGUCGUUGUAUUCAAAAUUCAAGGCUUUCGCAACGCCAUAGUGUACUCAAGGUACCUUCGUUGCUUCUGUGAUCGUCCCAUUUACCCAUCCUUUACCAUCUCCCCCUCAGCUUUCUCCAAAUAUGACAUGAAUAUUCCCGCUCUUGGUGCUGGACUGGGAUGGGAGUCGUUGACAGAGGAUCAACGAUUUAUUCACUGCCCCAAAGCGGUGAGGCUAUUCUAUGUUAAUAUCCGACGUGACCAUGGUGCUGAGCCUCGUUCUUUCACCACCAUGGUCUAUGAUCAUGAAAUCACAGUCACUCCCGACUUGCUUGCUUCAGUUUAUCUCUUCUUCACUCGAGGGAUUCAAGCAAGCUUCGACAGUGAUUUUGCUGAACAAGGCUUUGAUUUCUGCCAAGCCCUUGAUCACCUUACCUGCGAUAUUGGGAAGGCUUCCCCAACUCGACUCUCAGCUGGUCACCUCCCUGACGAUCUGAAAGUUCUGCACUUCUUCAUAACUCGGUACUUCCUUCCCUGUGAUGCUUCCAGUGCAGGUCUCCUUCACUCCUCAGAUCUCUGGAUCAUGGAAAAUGCUCGUGUUCAUCAACCCAUCAGUUUUGCCUCUCUGAUGUAUGCUCACAUACUUCGAUUUGGGAUUGAUCUUAGGGAUAAGGUUGCAGUGUGUCGGGUUCAUGAUGAUCUUCGUCCCAACCAUGUUCUUGUCCGCCUCGAUGCCGACGUAGGCCGCCUCGCAGCAAUAGAUGGCGAAGUCAAACGAAGAAAGGAAACUGGUAGUGGAAAGACUACAAGUCUUCUGGUAUGCAAGGAAUGUCUGGAACUUAUGGAGGAUGGUGAAGCAAGGCCUGCACCAGACGAUUUUGAUCCAAUCACUCCUGAAUCAAGCUCUGAUGAUGAUAUCUCAGACUAUGAGUCACUUCCUAGUUAUCCCUUCUAG